CAAAGAUGGCGACGGUCACGAAGUGAAACGAUGGGAGAAACCUACCGCCUGCAAACGAUUUUUUGGUGAAACUUGUAAAAAGCCGAUUCUGUUGGAAUCAUAAAUAUACGGAUAUCUAUCAGAGCUUGACUAAAUCUUGUCAGCAUGGAUGAUACACGCAUUGAAUGGAUGAGAAACAAGAUGUAUCUUGGACUGGGUAUUACGGACCCUGAGGUGUUUGACGAUUUGUUAUCUCGAGAAGACGGACGAUACGAGAACGAAAUACUGAAAUUUCUGAACGAAACUCCAAAGGAAGGAUGUACGAUGAUAUUCUACUCCAAGUUGAAGGAAGAAGAAGAGGAAAUUGAAGUUGAAGCAGAACCAGAAUUUCCAGAGCUGACGGCCAGUGGUGAUGAAGAAGGUGACAAGACAUCAACAAGUGGUGCUGAAUUGGCUGCAGAAGGUGACGAUCUGGUCAUGGAGAGGGUUCCCUCUGCAAAAUCCAAAGCUGCUGAGGAAACAUCAUCUGUCAAAGAGGGUUCUCAACCUGCGGAACCUCCACAGACUAAUCCCGAGACUGGAGAGGAGACUGCUCCAUCUGCAGCUGAAGGAGCAGAAGGUGGUGCUGCAGAGGAAGGAGAAGAGCAUCAAAUGACCCCUCCACUCCCUAGGACUAAAAUCAUCAUACAGAAAGUUUUAAGGACAGUAAUGUAUGUUUGUUAUGAGCACCUUCCUGAAGACUUUGCAGAUGAGAAUGCUUUUUACUUUGUACGGAAUAAUACUGGUCCUGUUCCUCUGCCAUCGACACUUGAAGAAGCAGAAGAAAUACUCUCUCCUCUGUUUGAGUUUGGUUCACAAAAUGGGCCCUCAUUACAAAUGCUGGAACAUCUUCUAACACUGGUGUAUAUGCCUCUUUUGUCACACAAUGGUCAGCGAAAUGAGAGUUCUUCUGAUAGUGGUAGUCACAGAAGAAGCAGUGUUCACACUGGUGAUACAGGCCAUGAUCAGGGCUCAGAAGAAAGUCGAACAAGGGUUAUCUUACGAGAUGAGUUUUUGAUGAACAUGCAAAAAUUCGCAUCACACAUCAGCCGGACAAUUCACCAGUUGGAGGGUGAUAUUCGUCUUGAAAUGCCUGACGUUAUGCUAGGUGAUGACAUUGCGGAGAUGGCCAAGGACACAGAACUGGUGGCAAUGUUGGAGGAAACGCUGCACAACUGGGAAGUGACUAUCUCUUCUGCCUUGGAAGUCCAGUUAAAGAAAACACCUCAAGGAAAUGGACCUUUGGCUGAGAUUGAUUUCUGGAGGGAAAGGAAUGCAACACUGAGUGCUAUCACAGAGCAGUUGAAACUGCCGACAGUUAAUAAAGUUGUGGCCAUCUUGACUAAUGUUCAUUCUGACAGUCUAGCAAGCUUCGAGUAUCACAGAGCAGAGCUCACAAAAUACUACACUGAGGCUAAAGACAAUGUGCGAUUUCUCUCAACUCUUGAGAGACAUUUUAAAAACUUGGCUCAUGGUGCAAGCUUCAACAUUGUCCUAGAGACAAUACCUUCAAUGAUGAAUGCGUUGAGAAUGGUGUGGAUUAUAUCCCGCCAUUACAACAGAGACGAAAGGAUGGUGCCCUUGAUGGAAAGGAUCGCUUGGGAACUCAGUGAAAGAGUUUCCAAGAUUGUCAAUGUUCGCACUAUUUUCAAGGAACCACCUUACCUCAUGAAACAAAAAACAUCUGAAGCCAAGAAGACCUUGGAAACUUGGAAGGAAUCCUACUUUGAUGUGAGAGCCAAGAUAGAGGCUUCAGGCAGAGAUGCUAGGUGGGAGUUUGAUAGAAAGCGCUUGUUUGAGAGGACAGAUCACAUGGCUUCCAUCUGUGAAGAUUUGAAGGAGGUGGCGACAGUGAUGGAGGAGUUUUACAACAUCUUUGGACCUGAACUAAAGGCAGUGACUGGGGAUCCCAAGCGUAUUGAGGAUGUGUUAAAGAGAGUUGAUGGACUUGUAAAACCCAUUGAAAAUGUUGGAUUUGACGCCUUCAGUCUGAGGCAUGCUGCAAGUUGGCGCAAUGUCAUGGAUUGGUUCCACAGGGAAGUGACAGCCAUUGAAAAUGAAGCUAGACAUUUCAUUGAUGACUCGUUCAAGACUCUGAGAUCUGCAGAGGGAGCCUUUGACAUGCUCUUGAACUUCAGACACAUAAGAUCUCGUGAAGCCAUUAACUCACAAAUGAUGAAGAAGUUUAAUGACAUCUUAUUACAGUUUGGAAAAGAGGUGGAUGCAAUGUAUACACUGUUCAAAGCCAAUGCCGACAAGCCUCCAAUCUUCAAGAAUCAGCCCCCUGUAGCUGGAGCCAUCAGCUGGGAACGUUCUCUUUUCCUUCGCAUAAAGCACACCAUACUGAGAUUUCAAGAGAUGGAGGACAUGCUAAACUCAGAGCAAGGAAAACUGGCGAGCAAAAAGUAUCUCAGUGUGGCUCGACAAAUGAAGGAGUAUGAAGACAGAAAAUAUGAAGCAUGGAAGGAACAGGUUGAAGCCAAUCUCCUGAUCUACCUCAAGAAAAACCUGUUGACCAAACCCUCAACCAGCUCUGCCACUACACACAGGAGUGUCGCGGAUGAAGGUGCCAGCUCUGAGGAUGCUUCUGGUAGCCUUGCUGCGGCUCUACAGUCUCAAGCCUCACAUCCCAACUUACAGUACAUAGCAGAUUUUUCACCAGAGUUAGGAUUGAUCAUUAUGGAGACAAAGUACCUUGAACAACUUGGUUUCCAGGUUCCUGAACUAGCCAGAAAUGUUGCUUUACAGGAGGAAAAGUACAUUAAAUAUGUGGAUGGCUUGAAACUGAUGUUGGAUAGAUACCACACUGUUCUUGGAAGUCUCAAUGUCGCAGAGACACAACUUCUGGAAGAUCACAUCAAGGAACUUAAACGUGUUCUGAAACCAGGAGCAAAGAGAUUAAACUGGAAUUCACUUGGAAUUAGUGACUACAUCACAAGAUGUGGACAGGCAAUCAGCAAGUUCGAAUCACUUGUGAACCAAAUCCAAAAGAAUGCCAAAGACAUAAACAGCCGUCUGGAGAUGAUCGAGAACACAGUGUUGUUCAAACAUCCUCCACCCAAGAUAGGAGGGAUGCUACCUGAUGCUAAGGAAUUCUUUGAAUAUCUUGAGAAAGCAAGAGGUUUGGAGCUUGACAACUUGUCCAGGAAAUACCGAGCCAUUGGACCACUAUUGACAAAGAUGGAAGGACUUGUAGUGCACACCAACACAGGCAGAUCCACCAAACUACAGCCUUACUAUGCUUACUGGGAGAACUCUGUUUAUGAAGCUCUUACCAAGAUGGUGACAAAGAAUUUGCAACAGUUUAACCAGCAACUUCAUGCCCGCCAACCAUUUUUCCAGAUAGAGACUGUUCUGUCUGCACCAGAGAUUGUCUUGUCGCCUCCUGCCAAUGAGAUUUACAAGUUAAUCAUGCAGUGUGUCCGAGACAUGGUGGAAGGAACAAGGAUGUUUGUCCGCUGGAUGCACGGCACCUGUAUUGAGACUCCGCCCCAACACGCUGAAGGUGAAGACGAGCCUGUGGUGUUCAGUUUCUUCACGGACAUUUCAUCUAAUCCUGCCAUCAUUGACAUGGUGACAACUUUGUCUAAGAGUGUGCAGAACACUCUAGGAAUGCUGAACAAAUACUUGACUCGCUGGAGAAGGUACCGACUGCUCUGGAAACUUGAUAAGAGUAACAUGGUGGAGAAGUUUGCGCAGAAGAAGCCGACGUGUAUUGCAUACGAUGAAAAGCUUCAGUUCUACUCAAAUCUGGUUAUUGAGGUUGGGAACCAGGUGAUGACUAAAGAUGUGGAUUUUGUUCGUCUAAACCUGGACCCACUGGCUUCAACCAUUCAGGCAAAUGCGAGAGCCUGGGUCAAGGAACUGGGCAAGUUUUUGAACGAGUCGGCGAGAGAAGAUCUGAAUGCGCUAAAAGGAGAAAUUGAGGGUUUAACAGAUGAUCUCAAGCGGCCCCCAGACACACUAGAAGACUUGAAAUUUGUCCUGCGUGUGAUUGCAGACAUCAGAGACAAAUCCCUUGAUGUGGAGCUUCGUUACGUUGACUUACAAGAAAGAUACCGAACAUUACUCAUGUACGAUAUUGAGGUAGGAGGAGAAACAAUUCCAUCACUAACUCAGGAUAAGUGCGACGGAUAUAUUAACUGGAGGAGGAACUUUCUUGUGGUCCACACUCCGUGCCUUUUCCAAGCACAUGCCCAAAGAGGGCCAGAAAUGUUUCGACAUUUAACCAUGUACCUGCUUACCCCUCCCUCCCUCAUCCAUAUUGAUGGCUUCAUCAAACAGCUCAAGAGACUUCCACGGGAGGUCAAAGCUUUACCGCUAUGUCAUGUCCUAGAAGAGAAAAUGAAGGAAUUUAAGAACUCUAUACCGCUCUUCUCUGAUUUGAAGAACGAAGCUCUAAGAGAACGCCAUUGGAAGAAGCUCAUGGAAAUGACGGGCAUGAAAUUCGACCUGAAUCCCGACACCUUCACACUCCAGAACAUGUUCGCCAUGGAGUUACAUAAGUUCCAGGAUGUAAUCGGUGACAUCACGGCCAGUGCCACAAAGGAGCUCGGGAUCGAAAAAGGCAUCAGUGAAGUAGGGGAUACGUGGGGAGCCAUGAAAUUCACCGUGUCUAAAUUUAUGAAGGGAACACAGGAGAGAGGGUUCAUUUUGGGUGCUGUGGAUGAAAUUCUACAGAUUCUGGACGAUAAUGCUAUGAAUCUUCAGAGCAUGUCUGCAUCUCGGUUUGUUGGGCCUUUCCUGGAAACGGUUAACAAGUGGGAGAAGAGUUUGUCGCACAUUGGUGAGGUGGUCGAGGUGUGGAUGGUUGUGCAAAGAAAGUGGAUGUACCUGGAAAGUAUCUUUAUUGGAGGUGAUAUCCGAGCGCAGCUGCCAGAAGAGGCCAAGAAAUUUGACGACAUUGACAAAACGUUCAAGAAGCUUGGUGGUGCUCCAGCAGGGCCUGCUGGUACAGGAAAAACCGAGACAGUCAAGGAUCUGGCCAAAGCACUGGGAUUACUGUGUGUUGUUACUAACUGUGGAGAAGGCAUGGACUACAAGUCCAUCGGCAAGAUUUUCUCUGGCUUGGCACAGUGUGGAGCCUGGGGCUGCUUUGACGAGUUUAACCGUAUUGAUGUAUCUGUGUUGUCGGUUAUCUCCACUCAAAUCAAAACGCUACAAAACUCAAUCAGUAACCAUCUCAAGAGGCUACAGUUUGAAGGCACUGAGAUAGCAUUGGACGGUCGCAUGGGAAUCUUUGUCACCAUGAAUCCUGGCUAUGCUGGUCGUACUGAGCUUCCGGAGAGCGUCAAAGCUUUGUUUAGACCCGUGAUGUGUAUUGUACCUGAUCUGCAACAGAUCUGUGAGAUCAUGCUUUUCUCAGAAGGAUUCUUACUGGCUAAGGUCCUUGCCAAGAAGAUGACAGUACUGUAUAAGCUGGCGUCAGGGCAGCUCUCCAAGCAAUCUCAUUACGACUUUGGACUUCGUGCAUUGAAGGCCGUGCUUGUGAUGGCAGGAGAGCUUAAGAGAGGCUCUCCUGAUCUUAGCGAGGAUGUAGUACUGAUGCGUGCAUUGCGUGAUAUGAACCUGCCAAAGUUCGUGUUUGAAGACGUACCACUCUUCCUCGGCCUCAUUGCUGACUUGUUUCCAGGCCUUGAUUGUCCAAGAGUGCGCUACCCGAACUUUAACGACGCUGUGGAAGCCGUUUUACAAGACAACAAAUAUGUGCUACUUCCACAUCAGGCUGAUAAAGUUGUUCAAAUGUACGAGACUAUGUUGACUCGUCACACAACCAUGAUCGUGGGUCCUACUGGAGGAGGAAAGACUGUUGUCAUCAACACCUUAGCACAGGCACAGACACGUCUUAGUAUCCCUACCAAACUGUACGUAAUGAACGCCAAAGCAUGCACAGUAGUGGAGCUUUAUGGUACACUGGACCCAGUCACACGAGACUGGACGGAUGGUCUGCUGUCCUGUAUCUUCCGUGAGAUCAACAAACCAACAGACAAGAAUGAGCGCAAGUACAUCGUGUUCGAUAGCGACGUGGACGCUCUGUGGGUUGAAAACAUGAACUCCGUCAUGGAUGACAACAGGCUUUUGACUCUGGCUAAUGGCGAAAGAAUUCGGCUUCAGAAACACUGUGCCUUGCUAUUUGAGGUUGCAGAUCUUCGUUAUGCCUCCCCGGCCACUGUGUCCCGUUGUGGUAUGGUGUACGUAGAUCCUAAGAACUUGGGCUACAAUCCCUACUGGCAGAAAUGGUAUCACGCCCGCGGGAGUGAUAAGGAGAGAGAAGAGCUGAACAGACUGUUCGAGAAAUAUGUGCCGCCCUGUAUUGACCUUAUACUGGAAGGGAUCGUUGAAGGAAAAAUAGGAAAGAAACUGAAGACUAUCAUUCCUCUGACAAACCUAAACAUGGUUGUUCAACUGUCGCAGAUGUUGGAUGCACUUCUCCCCCCUGCAGAAAACGCUCAGUUCCUUGGCUCUGAAACAACAGAGGCUAUCUUCUUGUCAGCGCUGACCUGGUCAUUAGGAGGAGGCCUGCUUGAGGACGGCCGGACUGUAUUUGAUAUGUUCGUCAAGAGGAUCGCUUCCUUGCCUCAAAAUCCUGCUGAAGGAACAAUUGUUGGACCAGGUGAAAUUCCCAGCGCCCAGUCAACGUUAUUCGAGUACUAUUUUGACUCCAAGAAGCUCCUCUGGGUCCCCUGGAUCGACGUCAUCCCUGAGUACGUUCACGAUCCCGAGAAAAAGUUCUCUGAGAUUUUGGUUCCUACUGUGGACACUGUCAGGACAACAUGGCUGCUGGAGCUCAUGGUCAGCAUAAAGAGACCCGUGGUACUUGUGGGAGAGACUGGCACUUCUAAGUCUGCUACGACAGCGAACUUUUUGAGGGGCCUGGACAAAGAUUCUACGCUCCUACUCAACAUCAACUUCUCGUCUCGAACAACAUCCAUGGACGUACAACGGAAUCUCGAGGCCAACGUAGAGAAGAGGACAAAAGACACUUACGGUCCCCCCAUGGGUAAGAGACUGCUGGUGUUCAUGGAUGACAUGAACAUGCCUCAAGUGGAUGAGUACGGGACUCAACAGCCAAUCGCUUUACUGAAACUGCUGCUGGAGAGGGGAGGCAUGUACGACAGAGGCAAGGAACUCAACUUGAAGAAUUUCAGGGAUAUCGGCUUCGUGGCGGCCAUGGGAAAGGUACGGUGUUUUUACAACUGAUUAUUUAGAUCUAACGUUUGAGACAGAGAAAUGUCUCCCUACANCCACAGAAGAUGUGCAACUGUGGUAAGAACAUCAGUGACACCCUCGGCUAUCGCCUCGAUCGUGUCACUUUUUUGUUCUCACCACAUUUUGACAUCAUCUGUGAUCUAUUACUGAACAGACGCACGGCAAUGUGGAAUCUAUUUGUUAAGUAACCUACUCCUCUUAUUUACUGGUCAAAACUCUCUAUGUCCGUGUAAAAAUGAAACAUUAGUGGACUUCUGCACUCUCAAUUUUCUUAUGCGUUGCUUAUUUCGCUCCUGUUGUCAGGGUUACCUCGAGGAACUGGUUGAACAGAACUUCACAAACUAUGUGGACAUGGUCAAUCGUGAACCGAUCCUGUUUGGAGAUUAUCGCAAUGCGUUGACUGAAGAUCCUCGCUUGUAUGAGGAUAUCGUGGAUUAUGAAGCGGCCAAAGCUAUUUUUGAUGAGAUCCUAGAAGAAUACAACAUGGACCACGUCCCAAUGAACCUUGUUCUCUUUGAUGACGCUAUCGAGCAUCUGACACGUGUUCACCGCGUGAUCCGCAUGGAGAAAGGUCACGCUCUACUGGUGGGAGUAGGGGGCAGCGGUAAACAGUCCCUCACCAAGUUAGGCGCCUUUUCUGCUGGGUGCGAGGUGUUUGAGAUCACACUUACUCGAGGGUAUGACGAGGGUUCUUUCAGAGAGGACCUGAAGGGACUUUAUUCGAAACUUGGAUUGGAAAACAAGAAAAUGGUGUUCUUGUUUACUGAUGCUCAUGUUGCUCAAGAAGGAUUCCUCGAGCUCAUUAACAACAUGCUGACGUCAGGCAUGGUUCCCGCGCUUUUCCCUGAUGACGAGAAAGAAGGGAUCAUUGGCCAGGUUCGAGACGAGGCAAACAAGGCCGGAGUACCACCCGCAAGGGAGUCUAUUUGGCAGUACUUUGUUAACAAGUGCGCGAACAACCUUCACAUCGUGCUAGCCAUGUCUCCUGUGGGGGAGACCCUCAGGACACGAUGCCGUAACUUCCCUGGCUUGGUCAAUAACUGCAGUAUUGACUGGUUCACGGCCUGGCCACAACAGGCAUUGCAUGCUGUCGCCUCGGUAUUUCUGGGAGAGAAUAACGACAAGAUUCCCGACGAGCACCGCGAAAACGUCGUCAACCACGUGGUGUAUGUCCAUCAGACUGUCGGCGUGUUCAGUAAGACAUUCCUGCAGAAGCUAAGGAGAGUCAACUACACCACACCCAAGAACUACCUGGAUUUCAUCAACACCUACAACAAGCUACUGGAAGAGAAGGACAAGUUCGUCUUAGAACAAUGUCAUCGUCUCGAUGGAGGCCUGAGCAAACUGCUGGCCGCUAGCGAACAACUCAAAGAACUGAAUGAAAAAUUGGAAAUCCAGAAAGUGGCGGUGACAGAGAAGAGCGAAGCCUGCGAGAAACUGCUGCUGGAGAUCCAGCGUGCCACUGAACAAGCUAACGAGAAGAAAGCCAUGGCGGUGGGCAAGAGAGAAGAGAUAGCCGAGCAAAAUAAGGAGAUCGUUGUAGAGAAAGCCGAAGCUGAGGAGGCUCUUGCCCAGGCCCUGCCCGCGUUAGAGGAGGCCAAACUGGCUUUACAGGAUUUGGACAAGUCUGACGUCACUGAGAUCAGGUCAUUCGCCAAACCCCCCCGUGCGGUACAGAUGGUGUCCGAGUGCAUUGUGGUUAUGCGUGGCUACAAGGAGGUGUCCUGGAAACAAGCCAAGGGAAUGAUGUCAGAAGCGAACUUCCUGAAGAGCUUGACGGAUAUGGACGUGGAUGGUAUCACAUCCCCUCAGGUUCGUCGCUGUCGUGACAUGCUGAAAGAACUGAAUAUCACAGUCGAAGAGAUGAAGGAAGUCAGCAAGGCAGGUGCUGGAUUGCUCAAGUUCGUGGUUGCUGUGUUGGGAUACUGCUCAGUGGCCAGAGAGAUCAAACCCAAGAGAGAGAAGGUGGCUAGGUUGGAAAGGAAUUUCCUUCUAAGCAAGCGUGAACUUGAGAAGAUAGAGAAGGAAGUGAAAGCUUUAGAUGAGGAACUUAAGAAUCUGGGCGACAAGUACGAUGCCGCCAUGAGAGAACGGGCCAGUCUACUGGAAGAGGCGGAGAUCAUGGAACGACGAUUAAUAGCAGCUGAUAAGCUCAUCUCGGGUCUGGGAUCUGAGAAAAUACGAUGGACUGAAGACCUUGAGGAGCUGAAACGACAACGGGUCCGUCUAUUGGGUGACUGCCUCCUGGCCUCGGCCUUCCUUAGCUACCUUGGGGCCUUUACUUGGGACUUCCGGCGGGACAUGCUCCGGGGGGAGUGGGAGAAGGAUGUCCUCAACCGGGACAUCCCUGUGAGUCAGCCCUUCAAGUUGGAUACGUUCCUUACUAACGAUGUGGAGAUCAGUCGAUGGACGUCUGAGGGGCUCCCCCCGGAUGAACUGUCCAUCGAGAAUGGUAUCCUGACCACACAGGCCAGCCGGUAUCCACUGUGUAUAGAUCCACAACAGCAGGCUCUGAAUUGGAUCAAGAAGAAAGAGGAGAAGAACAAUUUGAAGGUUGUAACUUUCAACGAUCCAGAUUUUCUGAAACAACUGGAGCUGGCCAUCAAAUAUGGCUUCCCUAUUCUGUUCAAAGAUGUGGACGAGUACAUUGAUCCUGUAAUCGAUAACGUGCUGGACAAGAACAUCAAAGGGGAGCCGGGUCGGGAGUUUGUCAUGCUAGGAGAUAAAGAAGUGGAUUAUGACCCCAGUUUCCGUCUGUACCUCAACACGAAACUGUCAAACCCCAAGUACACUCCGACUCAUUUUAGUCGCUGUAUGGUGGUGAACUACACAGUGACAAUGAAAGGACUGGAGGACCAGCUGUUGAGUGUUAUUGUGGGAUUUGAGAGGAAGGAGCUUGAGGAGCAGAGAGAAAGACUUAUUCAAGAAACCAGUGAUAACAAACGACUGUUGAAGGAUCUCGAGGACACUCUCCUUCGUGAGCUGGCUACUUCUCAGGGGAACAUGUUGGAUAAUGUUGAACUGGUUCAGACUCUGGAGGACACUAAGACUAAGGCUGUCGAGGUCGCUGAGAAGUUGAAGCUUGGUGCCAAAACAGCAAUCGAUAUCGACAAGCUCCGCGAUGGUUAUAGGCCAGCGGCUAAGCUAGGAGCCGUUCUGUUCUUCGUGUUAUCGGAGAUGUCAGCAGUGAACUCUAUGUACCAGUACUCUCUCGCUUCGUACUUACAAGUGUUUGACUUGUCUUUGAGGAAGAGUUUGCCAGACUCCAUUCUACCAAAACGACUCAAGAACAUCAUGGACACUCUGACUAUGAAUGUGUACAACUACGCUUGUACUGGUCUGUUUGAACGCCACAAGCUCUUGUUCUCCUUCCAAAUGACCAUCAAGAUCAUGGAGGCUGACGGCAAACUAAACCCAGAGGAGCUGGAUUUCUUCUUAAAGGGCAACAUCUCUUUAGAGAAGAGUUCUCGCUCUAAGCCAUUCCCCUGGAUACCGGAACAAGGCUGGGAAGAUAUACAGAGACUGAUGACUGUCACUCCUGAAGCGUUCAAUUCGUUAUCUGAUGACAUAGAAAAAAAUGGCAACGAAUGGAAAGAGUGGUGUGAUCACGACUCGCCGGAAUCCGCCGCCUUCCCCGGCCGUUACGAGGAGAAGCUGACAGAUUUCCAACGACUUCUUCUUUUGCGUUGUUUCCGUGUGGACAGAGUUUACCUGGCCAUUACGAAUUUCGUGACAGGAAGAAUGAGCGAGAAGUACGUGACCCCGCCCGUGAUUAGUUUUGAGGCGAUAUUCGAACAGUCCAAUCCGUUCUCGCCGAUCAUCUUCAUACUCAGUCCCGGCUCGGAUCCCGCCAGUGAUUUGAUGAAGCUGGCUGACAGAUCAGGCUUUGGUGGCAACAAGCUGAAGUUCCUUGCUAUGGGACAGGGACAAGAAAAGUUGGCUUUACAACUGCUUGAGACGGCGAUAGCUCGAGGUCAGUGGCUGAUGCUUCAAAACUGUCACUUGCUGGUGAAGUGGCUGAGGGAACUUGAGAAGGUCCUGGAGAGAAUCAGCAAACCACACCCUGAUUUUAGGCUCUGGCUCACCACGGACCCAACUCCGGAGUUUCCUAUCGGGAUCCUACAGAGGUCCCUCAAGGUUGUUACUGAGCCGCCAAACGGUCUGAAGUUGAACCUGCGCAGUACUUACCACAAGAUAACCAAUCAGGCGCUUGCAGAUUGUCCUCACCAGUCCUUCUCACCACUAGUGUUUGUGCUGGGUUUCUUCCACGCUGUAGUCCAAGAAAGAAGAAAGUAUGGUAAGAUUGGCUGGAAUAUCGCUUAUGACUUCAACGAGUCCGACUUCAGAGUGUGUAUGACUCUACUCAAUACUUACCUGACCAAAUCACUGGAGAGUCCUGAUAAGAAGAUCCCUUGGGCCAGCUUGAAGUAUCUUAUCGGCGAGGUGAGUAUUCUAUUUGAAGGGAAUCAUCAUUCGCCCGCAAUCGGUCUGUUUGAACGCCACAAGCUCUUGUUCUCCUUCCAAAUGACCAUCAAGAUCAUGGAGGCUGACGGCAAACUAAACCCAGAGGAGCUGGAUUUCUUCUUAAAGGGCAACAUCUCUUUAGAGAAGAGUUCUCGCUCUAAGCCAUUCCCCUGGAUACCGGAACAAGGCUGGGAAGAUAUACAGAGACUGAUGACUGUCACUCCUGAAGCGUUCAAUUCGUUAUCUGAUGACAUAGAAAAAAAUGGCAACGAAUGGAAAGAGUGGUGUGAUCACGACUCGCCGGAAUCCGCCGCCUUCCCCGGCCGUUACGAGGAGAAGCUGACAGAUUUCCAACGACUUCUUCUUUUGCGUUGUUUCCGUGUGGACAGAGUUUACCUGGCCAUUACGAAUUUCGUGACAGGAAGAAUGAGCGAGAAGUACGUGACCCCGCCCGUGAUUAGUUUUGAGGCGAUAUUCGAACAGUCCAAUCCGUUCUCGCCGAUCAUCUUCAUACUCAGUCCCGGCUCGGAUCCCGCCAGUGAUUUGAUGAAGCUGGCUGACAGAUCAGGCUUUGGUGGCAACAAGCUGAAGUUCCUUGCUAUGGGACAGGGACAAGAAAAGUUGGCUUUACAACUGCUUGAGACGGCGAUAGCUCGAGGUCAGUGGCUGAUGCUUCAAAACUGUCACUUGCUGGUGAAGUGGCUGAGGGAACUUGAGAAGGUCCUGGAGAGAAUCAGCAAACCACACCCUGAUUUUAGGCUCUGGCUCACCACGGACCCAACUCCGGAGUUUCCUAUCGGGAUCCUACAGAGGUCCCUCAAGGUUGUUACUGAGCCGCCAAACGGUCUGAAGUUGAACCUGCGCAGUACUUACCACAAGAUAACCAAUCAGGCGCUUGCAGAUUGUCCUCACCAGUCCUUCUCACCAUUAGUGUUUGUGCUGGGUUUCUUCCACGCUGUAGUCCAAGAAAGAAGAAAGUAUGGUAAGAUUGGCUGGAAUAUCGCUUAUGACUUCAACGAGUCCGACUUCAGAGUGUGUAUGACUCUACUCAAUACUUACCUGACCAAAUCACUGGAGAGUCCUGAUAAGAAGAUCCCUUGGGCCAGCUUGAAGUAUCUUAUCGGCGAGUUGGAUAACGUUCCUCCUCAGGCUCUCGCUGGUGAAGUAGGAAUGAGUAGCGAACUGGACGAGGUUGCGCGUGCGCUGUUCAAUGGUCAGAUUCCUAACGAACAUUCCCAGCAGCUGUGUGAAAUUAAAGAAGAUUUGGAAAAGCGGGAAACACUGAAACGAGCCAGGACAGAGGAACAUUCCCAGCAGCUGUGUGAAAUUAAAGAAGAUUUGGAAAAGCGGGAAACACUGAAACGAGCCAGGACAGAGGUUGUUGCAUGCCUUGAUGCUUCAAGUCAGGAUUCGCAACCAAGGAAGAUAAUAACAGAAAAGUUUAGGAAGACUUAA